AUGUUGGAACAUCACUCCUCAACCCAACAUCCAAUCGUUUUAAGUUUGGCCGAUCUGUCAACGUGGUGCUAUUUUUGUGAUAGCUACGUUCACAACGAAGUUAGUCUUGCUCCCUAG